GCAUCAUCUAGAUGUAUCUAACCUAAUACGAAUGUGGCGAACAGUAGGAACUGUGAUCUAGCCGGAGAAUUUCGUGAGUUAAAAAAGAGGAAAUUGUAACUGUAAUAAAAGGAUUAAAUACGAAACAACUUUUUUGGAACUAUUAGAAUAAUAUGGCAAGAUAUACAAGUGGCAUAUCUACUGUUAUCCGGGUUCUUCAGAAUAACUCAUCACUAUUUUCAAUACCUGUUAAUCACAGUGGAUAUAAUCUUCAACAUGUACGUGGUAUCAAUAAACAUUGGAACCCCAAAUGGAAGAAAUUUCGAAGGGAAAAAGUAAUUAAAGUCAAAUUACCAAAUUUUGAAGAAUCAGAUGAAGAUAUAAGCGAGGAAAAGACUCGUAGUAAGAUGAAAGAGUUUGGUGUAUUACCAAAACGAAUAUGGAUGGAAAGGCCAACUUAUAUCAGUUGUACAGGAGGAAUUUUUGAAGCUUAUGUUCCGCCAGAAGGUGAUGGCAAAUUUUCAGCAAUCAGUACAACGGGCGCUAAGCAAAAAUUUGAAUUUGUUGAGAAGAAAAGUAAAUCAUACAUGGCUAUAAGAAAGAUCAGAGAUUUUGAGCCAGAAUUUGAUGUUCGUGAUUUUGCUGAAGAGGCACGAGAGAUUUAUAUAAAAGCGCAUGAAGCAUUGUCAAGAAAAGACAAGCAUGCACUGAGACAAUAUAUUACUGAAAGAGCAUACCCUGAAAUGUUGUACAAUGCUAUGGACAAAACCAUUCACUGGAAAUUUCUGCAAUCACUUGAGCCACCACGUAUUGUUCAUGCAAGAUCUACACAUGUAAUUACAAAAUCGAACAUUUUUUCUCAAUUAACUGUUCGUUUUCACAAUCAGCAGCAAUUAGCUAUAUACGACCGAUUUGGACGUUUGAUGUGCGGUAGUGAAAUUUUAAAGAAAGAUGUACUAGAGUACAUUGUGUUUGAGAAGCAUGUGGCUAAUGAGUAUGGUCUUUGGCGUAUCCAUGCAAAAAUUAUCCCACCCUGGAUGCCACCAUCAGAAUUUGGUGAAAGAACAUAUGUUCAGGAACCUGAAGAGGAGGAAGAUCUUGCUGCAGUGACAACUGAAAAGAAGCCUGAAGCACAGGUCGUGUGAUAGUAUAUAUUUUAUAAUCAAUGUAGAUGAAAGAAGAUAUUUGUUCACACAAUAAAUUGAACAAAUUCAUGUGAA